AUGUCGGAAAGAAAAGUAUUGAAUAAAUACUAUCCUCCUGAUUUCGAUCCGUCGAAGAUUCCUCGCAUGAAAUUGGCAAAAAAUCGCCAAUAUACAGUCCGUCUUAUGGCCCCAUUCAACAUGCGAUGCGCCACUUGUGGGGAGUACAUUUAUAAAGGAAAAAAAUUCAACGCUCGUAAGGAGGAUGUAGAAAACGAAGAUUAUUUGGGUAUACGGAUAUAUAGGUUUUAUAUUAAAUGCACAAGGUGUCUUCAAGAGAUUUCAUUUAAAACUGACCCUAAAAAUACAGAUUAUGAAAUAGAGGCUGGUGCUACUAGAAAUUUCAUGGCUCUGAAAUUAGCAGAGGAGCAAGCUAAGCGAGAGGAAGAAGAACAAAAGGAGGAGGAAGCUAAUAAUCCUAUGAAACUUUUAGAAUACAGAACAGAGCAAUCGAGACAAGAAAUUGAGUUGUUGGAAAGCUUAGAAGAGUUGAAGGAUUUAAAUCGGAGACAGAGGACUGUUGAUUAUGAAGGAAUGUUGAAACAAUAUCAGCCAGAAACAACGGAACAAAGAAUAGCUAGAGAGGAACAGGAAGACAAUGAAUUUAUAAAAUCCGUUAAAUUCACGAACACAAAACCGAAAGUGGUCGCAGAAGAAAUAAUUGAAGACGUGGAAGAACCGGCAGCAAAACAUAUAAAGAUGGAAGACCCGCCGCCAAAACCUCAAGCAAAAACAGAAUCUUGGAACAGGAGUAUCGGUGUUAUUUCAAAGAAAAAUCCCUUAGCAAAUCUCGUGAGAAGCAAAAAGGCAGAUGCGAGUGAAGCAAAGGCCACGGUUUCGAGCAGUGAAAAGGCGCCGGAGAGUAAACCUUCCGGUCUCUCCUUGUUGGCCGAUUACUCUGGGAGUGAUAGCGAUACAUAG